AUACUUCUCGCACACGGAGCCCAGAUCGACUUGCAGUAUGAUUGGUGUGGCAAUGCACUAGCUGCUGCCUCGCACUGGGGCUGUGACAAGAUAGUGGCUAUGCUUCUAAAUAAGGGGGCGGAUGCCAAUGCGUCUUGCAGGUAUUACAAGAAUGCUUUAUUAGCUGCAUCUGCUAGCGGCCAUAUCAGAACUGCCACAAUACUUAUUGAAAAAGGAGCGAAUAUCAAUGGACCGAGCGGGUACUACGGCAAUCCGUUAACCACGGCAUCUUAUCUGGGUCACGCAAAGCUAGUUGCAAUGCUGCUCAGACGAGGAGCGGACGUUCACUUACGAAGCGGAGUCUUUGGCAGUGCACUUUCAGCUGCCUUGCAAGGCGACCAUCAUAAUGUUGCUGUGAUGUUGUGCGACUGGGGAGCG